UUAUCGUAAGUCGCACAAACAAUACUAAUGUGUUAAAUUAAUUCAUUGUGUCCACUCGUUACCUGGAGCCCCGAUGGCUCCCAGUGAUCAUCCGAAACUCUGCUUUGUUUUUGACAAAUUGACCCCGCGAGUGCUGUUUAAUCUUCCUGCACCGCUGCUCUAACUAUCGCAACCCGAUCCGAACUUUACACAUUUAAACAUCGGGUUCGGUUUUAUAGCUCCUUUUGAGCAGAAACCCACUUCAUUCUAUAAACCCGUUUUCGUUUGGAGCUUAGGACUCUGAACGCCUUUCCUUCGCUUUAUCUGGCCCGAGUUCCGCCAUCAAUAGGUUUUCAUUGUGCGGUUAGCGUUUGGAAAAGUAAGUUGUGUUUUUUUUUGCUCGAAAUGAACAUGAACCCCAUCGAAAUUACCAACUUUGGCGCCGUUGUCCAGUGCCCUUACAACAAAUCGCACACUAUUCUUGCGCAGCGUUUUGUGAAACAUCUGAUCAAGUGCCGGCGCCAACAUCCAAAUGCCAAGAUCGCUAUUUGCCCGUUCAACAGCUCCCACCACGUUAAUGAGCAGGAGAUGAAAGUGCACACGACGACUUGCCCCGAUCGGGGACAAAUCCAAUCGUUCAUGUAUCCGAUCGGGUGUCCGGCAAAUCCGUUGAUGGAUAGUACGCUAGUUCCAUCUGAUCAGGGCGUAACUGGUGGAUUGAUGGACAAUACGCUGGUUCCGUCCGACCAAAGCGUAGCUGCUGGAUUGGUCGAUAGUACGAUGGUUCCGUCCGGAACUGGUAUACCGGAUGAGGCGGAACACUGCUCUACGUCAUUGUGCGAGGAGGAAAAUUGGGACGACAUGAAUGAGCCGCCGUACAAUCCGCAAGAGUAUUGCAAGCGCAAUCUGAUCAUCCGGAAGGCCACUCAAAAGACAAAAUUUCAAAGACGACAAUUUCGUGAGGCAGAAAGGAAACGUUUUGAAAUGCUGAAAAAUCGUGACGCUUUUCCUCAAAAUCGUGAAACAUGAUGUGUGUGUGUGUGUUUAACCAGAAAAGGAGAUAUUUGCAGAACUUUUUUUUAAAUUGUAACAAAUAAUUUACAACAGCGAGUCCCUCUUUUGCAGGACAACUAGAAAUUUAGACGUGUGAAAAAAAUGCACCGACAGCAACCAUUGUAUCCAUCGAUAAUGAUGUCAAAAUAAAUCUUCUCCAAUCAAAUAAGCUACAGCAAAUCGGCCUUUUUGUGUGAACAGACGCGAACUAAGAAAGGUGGUUCCCUAGCAGACAAAUUGCAGUCGAAAUCAAAUUUCCAUAUUUUUUCAGCAUUAUUAUGUUCUUCGGCCGAGGAUUGCUUUGUUAUGUGAUGGACACAUGCUUAAAUGGUUUUAUGUGACAAAACUAUGACAACCAAUUGUAUGACAGUCGACUGCGCCAUAACCAUCUUCUACCCUAUCUAUUUCUUUUCGCCUGUUGUGCCGGAGGUUGUUUUAUCAUAUUUGUUCUUAAGUUUGUUGUUAUGAUUGUUCCUUUAGUUUUGCGAUAACAAAUACAAUAACAAUAUAUUGCUCUUUCUGCUUGAGCAUAAGUUUAUUGAAACUGAAGUGGACUAAUAGACUGUUGGUGCUGAAUUGAAUAGUUUCUGCUGGCCGCAGGUUGUUUUGUGUAUCCGAUGGUCAUGUUAAACACGUUGGCUUGCCCUUGGAAACAUGAUGCUGCGCAUAGAGCGUUGGGCAUGUUCGGGCGUCGCUAGUUAUCUUGGGGAAACGUUAGCAGAUGUUAGAAGACGCUUCCCCAUUCAUAACGCCAUGUGAUAGCUAUUUUGCGAUCGUGAAAUGUGCAUCUUGCACAUUUCAUGCUAUGCACAAACGAUGUACACAUUUUUGUAUAAAGUCCUUGUAGGUUAUGUUGUAGGUUUAAUACAGAUUGCAGAUUGCAAAGUCCUUGUAGGUUAUGUUGUAGGUUUAAUACAGAUUGCAGAAUACGAUGGAUGAAGUCAUCGGGCCGUUUCACGAGCGAGGGGGCAUCUAAUUGAUUUCAGAAUUGACUCAUACACAGGCUUAGUUUCCUGUUACAAUGAUAUAACCAGAUUAAAGAGCAUUUUGUAAUGCACUUAUUUAUACAAC